GCAAUGACAGUGAUCUAAAAAUAAGGUCGACGGCGUCGCGCUUAUGCGCGUUCCCUCAGUCGAGGACCAACCGUCGCGAGUUACAGUCGAACGAGAAUAAAAUCACAGCCAUGGUGUACGAGAGUGACUUCUAUACCACCCGCCGCCCUUACCGGCCUUCCUCCAGCUACAGCGUGACGCCGCUGACAUCGAUGUACUACCUAUCGUCAUUACUACCGUACUAUCACGUCCCGUACAUCACAUAUGUACCCAAGCUAUCACAGGCUGAGUUGAUAUACCGUCCGACGACUCGCAGCGUCACUCGGCUCGUCACGUACCCAGAGCCGCCGCACCACGUGGUCCGCGUGCGUGUCCGUCCGUCUGUCGUGCUGCGCGAACUCGACCGCAUCAACCACCGCACACGACCAGCGCUCGCCGCGUCAGCCGUCGAAGACUUCUUCAGGUCGGAGACUACUAAGGCGUUUGAAGAUGAAAGCCGCCGUAUCCGGGCUGAUACCGCUGCUCUAUUGCAGCGCGCUCGCUCUGUAGUGCCUCGUGCUGCAUCAGUUCUUCCCAUCGACACUAUUUACUCAUAUUCAUAUGGCGAGCCAGUGCCAUACAGGUUCAGCAAUGACGCAUAUAUAGCAAAGCUGGUUGUACCACUCCGCAAUGUCGCCAACAACAUCCACAAUAUCUCAUUCUACAAAGAGCCUGCUAAGAAGUUCACUGGACGUGGAAACCUCGCGUGCGUGCACUACUCCGGUUCAAAGGCCUUCUCCAAUCGCAGGCCUCUCUACAAGGAACUUAGCAUCAGGGACGACGUGAAUCUUCUCUCGUUCUAUGCGAAGAACAGACUCGCGGCUGCCGGUUUGGCCGUAGAGAAGGCCACAGUGAAACUGCUACCAUGGAGGCCGAGCCGUAAAUUCCAGGCGCCUCAGUUGAUGGAAGAUCCGGCUUUAGAACUGAAAGCGGCUAAGGCAGAGCGAGAGGCCAGAUUCCGUUCUACCAACACUGAACCUGUUCUGACAUCGACAGUCGACUUAGCUGAGGUCAAGAGGAGGAGACAAGAAGAAGCUCGUGCUGCGGAAGAGAAAGCCUUAAAAGAAGAAGCAAAACGUGAAGCUGAACGUAAAGCCCAGGCGGAACGCGAGGCAGCUGAAAAAAAGAAAGUUGAAGAAGAAGCACGAAAGGCCGAGGAGGCGAAACGUAAAGCGGAAGAAGACGCCAGGAAAGCCGAAGAAGAGGCCCGUAAAGCUGAAGAAGCUCGCCUGGCAGAGGAAGUUCGUAUAGCCGAAGAAGCUAAAAAAGCAGAAGAGGGUCGACUUGCUGAGGAAGCGAGACUGGCUGAAGAAGCAAGAUUAGCUGAGGAAGCAAAGUUAGCUGAAGAAGCUAGGUUGGCAGAAGAAGCGAGGUUAGCAGAAGAAGCGAGAUUAGCAGAAGAAGCCAGAUUGGAAGAAGAAAGACAAGCAGAACAAAUAAGACAAGAGGAGCUUGCCAGAUUAGAAGAAUUAGAGAAACAGGCCCAGGAAGAGAGGGAAGAUGAACUUGCGAGACAGGCUGCGGAGUUAGCAGAAAUCGCAAGACAAGAAUCUGAAUUAGCUGCUGCACGUCUUGAGGAGCUUUCAAAAACAGAAGCCGCAUAUGCCCCAGGAGAUGAAUUUGUGGAUGCAGAGUCCAACGAAACCCCAGCGGAUGAACCUCAGCCCAUCGUAGAGGAACCCGAGAGUCCUGAGGUCGCUCCAACAGAAGAAGCAAACAAUGACGAACAGGCAGCAGCAGAGGUCAGCGAAGACGAACAAGCGGAACCAGAUGUUACAGACGAAGAAUAAUCGCAAAUAUGUAUAUUUUUAGUUCGAUGCAUUUUUAUAUUUAUCGGGUACUUACAAGCUACGCAUCGUUCAUGUAAAAUCAAUGUAGUAUAGACCAUAAAUGAUGCAUUAGCUUAAAUACUAUUGUCUUCUGUUACGAUCGCUUUCUUUUGCGUAAUAAAAUUACGCGACAACGAAAGAUUUUAUUCCCUUCCUUUUGAGACGACAAUUACUACCACCACCGUUAACAAAUAAAUUAUAAACUAAAAAUCUAAAUAUGUUAGUUUAAGUGUUUAAUAAUGUUAUAUUUUGUUAAAGUUUAACAAUAAAAGACAUAAUUAACA